UUUCUUGAAAAUUGAUUUACUCGGACGAAUCGAGAACCGAGUCUCGUUCACUUUCCCCGAGUCUGUUCGCCGAACAACACGUACAAGUUUUGUUCUCUCGCGAUUGAGCUGAAAUUAUAACACUCCGUGAAAAAUGGGUAAAGAGAAGAUCCAUAUUAACAUUGUGGUGAUUGGACACGUCGAUUCCGGCAAGUCCACAACCACGGGACAUCUCAUCUACAAAUGCGGUGGCAUUGACAAGCGUACGAUUGAGAAGUUCGAGAAGGAGGCCCAGGAGAUGGGCAAGGGAUCGUUCAAGUAUGCCUGGGUGCUGGACAAACUCAAGGCUGAACGUGAGCGUGGUAUCACCAUUGAUAUUGCUCUGUGGAAAUUUGAGACAGCCAAGUACUAUGUCACGAUCAUCGAUGCUCCUGGUCACAGGGAUUUCAUCAAGAACAUGAUUACGGGCACAUCCCAGGCUGAUUGUGCUGUGUUGAUUGUUGCAGCUGGUACAGGUGAAUUUGAAGCUGGUAUCUCGAAGAAUGGGCAGACGCGUGAGCAUGCUCUGUUGGCCUUCACGCUGGGUGUGAAGCAGCUGAUUGUGGGUGUGAACAAGAUGGAUUCCACUGAGCCACCAUUCAGUGAGAAUCGUUUUGAGGAGAUCAAGAAGGAGGUGUCGUCCUACAUCAAGAAGAUCGGUUACAAUCCGGCUGCUGUGGCCUUUGUGCCAAUUUCCGGAUGGCACGGAGAUAACAUGCUGGAGGCUUCCACAAAUAUGCCCUGGUUCAAGGGAUGGGCCAUUGAGAGGAAAGAGGGCAAGGCUGAUGGUAAGACAUUGAUUGAUGCUCUGGAUGCCAUCUUGCCACCAGCUCGUCCUACCGAUAAGCCCCUGCGUCUCCCACUCCAGGAUGUCUACAAAAUUGGUGGAAUUGGAACUGUACCCGUUGGCCGAGUCGAGACUGGAGUCCUCAAACCAGGUACUGUGGUGACUUUCGCUCCUGCCAAUCUGACCACUGAAGUGAAAUCCGUUGAGAUGCACCACGAAGCCCUGCAGGAGGCUGUUCCCGGUGACAAUGUCGGUUUCAACGUGAAGAACGUUUCGGUGAAGGAAUUGCGUCGUGGCUAUGUUGCUGGUGAUUCCAAGAAUAACCCACCCAAGGGAGCUGCUGACUUCACCGCCCAGGUGAUUGUCCUGAAUCAUCCUGGCCAGAUUGCCAAUGGAUACACUCCAGUUUUGGAUUGUCACACGGCUCACAUUGCAUGCAAAUUUGCCGAGAUCAAGGAAAAGGUGGACCGUCGUUCUGGCAAGACCACCGAAGACAAUCCCAAGGCUAUUAAGUCUGGUGAUGCUGCAAUUGUCAACCUCGUCCCAUCCAAGCCACUGUGCGUGGAGAGUUUCCAGGAGUUCCCGCCACUGGGGCGCUUUGCUGUCCGUGACAUGAGGCAGACCGUGGCCGUGGGUGUGAUUAAGGCGGUUAAUUUCAAGGAUGCCACCGGAGGCAAAGUCACCAAGGCUGCCGAGAAGGCUGCCAAGGCCAAGAAGUAGCUAGCCCGAAGUCACCAACUCCAGCAACAACAACAACAACAUCAGUUGACGAUGCAGCAGCCAGAAGAAGAAAAAGAAGAAGAAAAUUGCACGAUAGCCACAAAAGCGUCAGGACGUCUCGCCCCAGUUGCUCCGCAUCGGCCUUCUGGAUUGUCCCGGGAGGUGGAUGGGGGGAAACUGUGGGCAGGGGCUGCUGAUGCUGUGUCUCCAUGGUGGCUCAGACUCAAGCACCAUACUUUCCAUCGCAAAGAGUUUCGGCGAAAAGCAACAAGGGCUACACUUUCAUUCCUUUCUUACACUCAGAUAUAACACACAAAUGAAAAACAAAAGAAAAAGCAUAUAAAAACAGAAAUGAAAUAGAAAAAAAACAGCAUCUUUAUAUAUUUUAUAUGAAAAAAAAAACUUUUAUUUCACUCAGAAAAAAAAACUUCCCCACAAUUUAACCCUGCAAAAAAUUUCUCUAAACUUCAUUUUUCGUUUAAUUAUUUUUGGAGAAUUGUUUUUAUCAGAGAAAAAAAAUUACUUAUAAUCUUGUGAAAUAUUUAAAAAUAAAAAGAAUAAACAAGGAAUUUUGGACUGGAAAGGCAAAAAUCUCACCAUGUCUUUAAUGUAAAAGUGGUGUUUAAAAAAAAAUAAAUUGGAGGCGCCCACAAA